UUAAUUGCUAAUUCGCCGGCUGUUAUGGACCAUACACGUGAGAUUCUGACCUUCCAGUUCGGAACGUACGCCAACUAUGUGGGCGCCCACUUCUGGAACCAGCAGGAGGCCAACUUCAGGUACGCCGACGAAGGCGACCAGGUGGCCGAGGGUCAGCUGCCCAACAAUGACAUUCUCUACAGGGAGGGGCUGAAUGCCCUCAAUCGCACCACCUACACGCCCCGCCUGCUGUCCGUGGAUUUGGCCGGCACCCUGGGUCACCUGCCGGUCGCGGGCGAGCUGUACGGCAACUUUGUGCAGCGGGACGAGGAGCUGCUGCCUCUGGGCACGGGUGAGCAGCUGGAGCAGGCUCGCCGGCAGGCGGAGGAGAGUGGGUUGGCCGGCGAGCAGCUGGAUGUGCAGGAGCAGCCGGUGGCCGCCAUUUCCGAGUACCAGAGGGAUCUGCUGAAGAACUCGGUGGCGCCGGAGAAGAACUACCAGCUGGCGGAGAAGGCAAACAGUUGGGCGGACUUCCUCUAUGCCCGCUACCAUCCAAGGACCCUGAAUGUGCUGCCUGGAUUGGUCAGGGAUCCCACGGUCCAGGCGCUGGGCACCUACUCCGCCGGAACGGAGCUGUGGCAGGAAGUCACCUUCAACGAUGAGUUCUGCGAUCGCAUACGCCUGUAUGUGGAGGAGUGCGACGGCCUGCAGGGCUUCCACAUGCUCUUCGACAUCGACGACGGCUUCGGCGGGCUGGCCGGGAAGUGUCUGGAGCACCUGAACGAUGAGUACAGUCGGGCCAGCUUUGUGCUGCCGCUGCACUAUCCCAGGAUGACCAGUUAUGCUCAAGCGGAUCCCCGCCUGUCGCACAGCAUUCGCGUGGUGAACAGUGUGCUGAGCUACCACCAUCUCAGCGAGCAGGCUUCCAUGUUCACGCCGCUGUCCACGCUGGAGAGCAUUUGGCGCAACCAUAGCCUUAAGUCGCGCAGCCUGCCGGGACUGCAGUGGCAGGCGGAUAAUCUCUACCAGACAUCGGCCUUGCUGGCCGCCUUCUUGGACACCGCCACCUUGGGCUAUCGCCUGCGGCAGACGCCCGAGUCGCUGUUGCGUUUCUGCGAGCGUGUUUCGCCUUCGGGCAGGAAGAUGACUGCCGCCGGCAUGGCCUUGCCAUUUGGUUUGCGGGCGGGGCAGGAUCUGAUCGAGUUUCUGGACCAGAGCGGCGACCAUGCGCUGCUCACACAACUAACGCCGGGCUGCGAACCGGGCACUUCGUUUGUGAUGCAAUCGGUGACGGCUCGUGGCAUUCCCGCCGAGCGUUUGAAGCGGCCAAGAGAGACGGCUGGCGAACAACUGCGGAUGGCAGCCUAUAACUGCGACAGUGUCUCUCACAUGCUGCAGCUGUACUACCAGUGCAGCUAUCAUGGCAGCGUCACCAAUGCUGCAGCCACGUCGCUGCCGCUGAAGACGCAACUGCCCUUUCCUUACGAGUUGUUUGGCGGGGGCAUUUCCAGCGAUGGCUUCCGUUUGCCUGGCGGCGGGGAACGCGAGUCGGGCACUCGUGUCGAUUCCGCACCCUUGCUGGCCGCCCUGCAGAACUCCAGCAAGCUGGGCGAGCACCUGGACAACCUGCACGCCCAGACGCAUCGCGUGCAGCUGGCCAAGUUGCAGGCGUACUCAAAUUCUGGCCUGGAGCGGGAUGAUUACGAGACGGCGCUGGAUCAGCUGCUCGAGUUCCGGGACCUCUAUGCAGACUCGCAGUAUCUGUAGGAUGUGGGAAUCCAGUAUUUUGGGGGAACACGAUUUUGUGAUAGGCCGUAGGAUAAUAAACACACUCAUAUGCUUUUGAAUACUAA